CUGCUUAACUGAAGUAUUUACUCAAUGCAGUAUAAUGAAGUGUAUCGUAUGUAUUUACCAACUUGUUAUACAUGCUAUAAUAUGGUUGAAUAAAUUACAGUGAUGAAUAAAACUUUAUGCUUAUGAAUGGUAGGAUUUAUACUUUGGAAGGACUUGAAACAUUUAUAUUACCGCUUUUAGUAAGUUUCGAAAUGUGUUACUGGAAAAUGAGACGGAUAAAGGAGUGACCUUAAAUUUAUACAGCGUUGAUGUAAAUUGUGUAACCAUUGCGAAAUCAUGUACAAAACUUUUUAUAUAAAGGAACAUUAAUCAGCUUGAAAAUCAGAUUCAUAUCUAUUAUCAACACAACGCUGUAAUAUAAAUGGUGGAUGUAUAUGGAAUAAAUUGAAAGAGAACACAAGAAAACAGAGCUGACAAAUAUACUUAGCACUUUUAUAUUUCAAUUUUGUGUGUGAAUGAUGAGGCUAGGUUGCCAUGUCCUACAUAUAGCCAUAGUUAUUCAACAAGCGAGUGACGUGUUGGGGUUGUCUGGAGAAUGGACCCAGUGGGGACAAUGGUCCUCGUGCAGCGUCACGUGCGGGUAUGGUGUACAGAAGAGACAGAAAACAUGGAAAUUACGAGAAAAAGUCGGCAAAAAAGGAGAUGAUUUCAUUUACGAGGACAUACUCGAAUGCAUUACAAAUAAGCCAUGUCCAAUUGAUGGUUCUUGGGGAUUUUGGGGUCCAUGGGGUGAAUGUACAAAGAUGUGUGACGGUGGUACAACUACGAGAAAAAGAGAGUGCAAUGCUCCUGAACCACAGAAUGGCGGUCUGAAGUGUGAGGGAAAGGAUUUUGCUACAACUACAUGCAACGAUUGGACAUGUCCUGAUUUGCCACCAAACUUUGAUAUCAAACAAUGCAACGAGACAACAUUUAUGUGCCUCAGUGGACAGCAAUGCAUUCCUGAAGCUAACAGAUGUGAUCAUACGUUACAAUGUCAUGACGGCAGCGACGAACAUGACUGCUUUUAUUAUAACUGGCACAAUGCUGCAGGGACCAAAGAUCUUUCCAUUCUCCGUAUAUUUUGGACCACUGUAUUUAUUAUAGCACUGGCGUUUUUAGGAUCUUGAUACUCAUUUCAAACUUUGGGAGUGUUACUCAGUACAUUGUGUUUAGAACGUAACGCAAAUAAACAUUUGAUAUGUAUAGCGAACUCUCAGUGAUGAUGGUUAUACAGGACAUCCGGUUUUGAAAGACGUAUCGUAUGAACAAUACUUAUAUAUAUUAUUAUAACAUACUUUUAUAGUACAAGUAAUUGGCUGGAAAGAUACAGUUAUUUACGUAACGGUAACGUUUCUAUUCAUCGACAGUAAAAAGAAUGCAAUUGCUGGAAUAAAAGUUUCAACAAAAGUGUUCUCAAUGGCUUUGAAAAUCAGUCAGUGGAUGUUUAGAUAUACAUGUGUAUUACGCCGAGACUGAGACUUAUUAUCUGUGAUAUAACUCAUGCCACUUGGAGGUUCGUUUCAGUAAAGUUAUUAACCGUUCUCCAGUGAAAACGGACUAUUUAUUGAUGUUUACGAACGUCAGGACAUUCUGUUCGUUUUACCUUAGUGGACACGUGAAAUGUACAAAUAAGAAACGUUUGGGUAAAAGUGAAAGUAUAACAGUUGAUUGCACUCGACCGUGAUAAAACAGCUGUUUUCUUUGACAAUAUACAAUGUUAUGAAGAUACGUCAAAUGUUGGGUUGGUGAUUGUGUCACUAUACUCAUGACAAUUGUCAGAGAACAGCAGGUAUACGUAGUCUUGCAUUUAUUGUAGUUGAUAAAGAAAGAAAUCAUAUUCCAGAUAUAAUCUGUACAAACUGUACAAUGCUCAAAGUGUGUCACACAAAGUCAGACCUGUUUGUACCUUGUUUAGUCAUAUUUUGAAAACGGAUGAAUGUAAGAACAAAAGUAGGGGUCAUGCAUCUUUUGAGAGAGAUGUUUUUCGGCUUAUUAGUUACUGUAGAAUUUAGCUGUGACCUUGUGGUACUGAUACUGACAUUGAAUUUUAAUUCACCAAGAACAACACCCCAUUUCAUUUUUUACUAAUAAUUUACAUGAAUCCGUAAUUGUAUUUAAGGCAAAACUGGCUCUUACGGGUACCUCUUUAGUAAUCUUAUUUGGAGAGUGCUAUUCCAUAACCAGUCUGCCAUUUUGCGGCUAGACGCAAUGAUACCAAGUCUAGUGAUGCCUUUUGUACCUUUGUAUCAAUAAUAUAAUAGAAUGAAAUAAACAAACACGUUAUCAUGGUUAUAUAUGAUUGCGUUUUAUGCUAUCUCAUUUUGAUAAGGAUUAUGCAAGAACGUGAUUAAGUUAUUCAUAGGUAUUUCUGGUAGAAUGGUUAUUAUGAUAUUGUAUUAAACUGUUAAACAUGUACAUGUUACAUAGGGUGUUUUCUGAAGCAAACCCUUCUGUAUGACGAAUUCAUUUUUAAACAAAAUACUAUAAAUAUUGAUGAGAAAUUAAGUUGGAAUUAAACUGACUGCAAUUCUAAUUCUAAUUUAUUUUUUGGCAUUCAUUGUCUCCAAAAUAGUUAUUAUUCUAAAACCAGGCAAUUGAUAUAGUAUGACUCUGUUAUUUAUGCAGUUCUUACUAGCACUGGUAGGCCUAAAUCAUGUAAAAACAUAUAGUACUCUUUAUUCAAUGCAACGCAUUAUAUUUGGUUAAUACCGAAUGUCAAACUAAAGUCAGAUGUCUUUUCAAAUGUAGAUAAUCUGCAAAUGAAUAACGAAAAUUGUUUUGUAUCUUUUUUUUUUUGUAUUUUUAUUGGUAUAAUCUACAGCUUAUUAUGUUAUACUGAAUUUAUUUAUGUCUUAAUGUAUACAAGGAAAUACAAAUGUUAACGCUAAUUAAUGGCAACCAAAUGAUUAAACACAGGUAAUUAUAUCUGAAAUUUACGUUUUACCUGAACUGGUAACAAACUAUAGCAAUAUCCGUACUGUUAAAAAGAAUUUUGUAUUGGUUUAUUUACAUUAAAGUCGAAAAUCCAA